GCGGCGGCGGCCCCUCGCCCGCGGACUGGCGCAACUUCCGCGCCCAGCUGAUCUCCUCAGGCCUGCCGGUGACCACGGACGAGGCGGGCGAGUCGGCGAGCGUCGAGGGCAGCGCCGCGGCCGCUGCGUCGUCCAGGCCAGUCGCGCCCAGGAACCUGGAGCUGCUCAAGGAGAGCAGAGCGAAGCGCUGUGGAACGAGUACAUGAACGGCGCCUGGGCGCACACGAGCCCCGUGGAGAUCGGCGGGCUCAUGUGCCGGCUGCCCCUGCAGGCGACGCUGACGGGCCUGAUGCGAUCCCGCGCCGCAGGGGAGUCGGUGCUGGGCGACCGGCUCCGCGACCGGCUCAUGGCGGAGUUGCCCGCCGGCGAGGCCGACGGCGGCAGCAGCCCCGAGGAGCUCUUCGAGGCCUGGGCGGCGAACACGAACUACUGCUACCGCCUGGCCGAGGGCUGGACCACCGAGGUCCUCGGCAGCGUGGCCGCCAAGGCGGUGGGGGGCCGCAUCGACCGCCGCACGCUGAGCGACGAAGAGAGGACCCGGAGCUCCUGA